UUCUGUCAACGUCAACCAGCUGUUUUGCUUGCUGUCAGUAUUUUUUUUUGACGUGAUCAAAAUAAUCUAAAUGCGAAUCUAUUUACAUAAAACACCAGUUUUUACUAGUUGGAGACAAACCUUGUUCGCGGUUGUUAAAGGCAGCAAUAGUGCAUUGCGGCAUCUAAACUUAAAGGAAAUAGCGAUAAGUCAGAGCAGAAGUGCAUCAACUAUGGGAGACAAGUUCAAGCUACCCAGUCGGUUUGGAACCGGCGAAAAAAGUGUGUGGGUUGAAUACAUCCAAUUGGCAGCUGAGUACAAGCCAGCGGCGAAUCUCGGGCAAGGGUUCCCUGACUACCCUCCACCGGAGCAUGUUACCAAGGCGUUGGCAGAAAUUGCCACUGGCGAUAAUUGCCUGCUCAACCAGUAUACGAGAGGCUUUGGCCAUCCAAGACUGGUUCAGAACCUGUCAAAGGUAUACUCACCACUCAUUGGCAGACAGAUAGAUCCACUAAAUGAAAUACUAGUCAGUAGUGGAGCUUACGAAGCACUGUUCUCUGCGAUAUUAGGUCACGUGGACAAGGGUGAUGAGGUAAUAGUGAUCGAGCCAUACUUCGACUGCUAUGACUACAUGAUUAAAUUCGCUGGAGGCGUCAGCAAGUUUAUUGCUUUGAAGCCUAAAACAAACUCCCCAAACAUGACGUCAGCAGACUGGGUGCUAGACGAGAAAGAGCUGACGUCACUUUUCGGUCCGAAAACCAAAAUGUUGAUAUUGAACACCCCCCACAAUCCGCUUGGAAAAGUGUUCACUCGCAGCGAAUUGGAGGUGAUAGCGAAUCUGUGCAAGAAACACAAUGUGCUGUGCUUGUCCGACGAGGUGUAUGAGUGGAUGGUGUAUGAGCCCCAGAAGCAUGUUAGGAUAGCGACCCUACCCGGCAUGUGGGAGCGUACGAUCACAGUGGGUUCCGCCGGCAAGACGUUCUCAGUGACUGGAUGGAAGAUCGGAUGGGCGUACGGGCCCGCCGCACUGAUGCGCCAUCUACAAGUUGUGCAUCAAAACUGCGUGUAUACUUGCGCCACGCCUAUACAGGAAGCCGUAGCCCGUUCCUUCGAAUACGAGCUAGCCAGAUACAACACUCCCGACUGCUACCUGUUCUCGCUCGCCCGUGAAUUAUUGCCAAAGAGGGACGCGCUCGUCAAGACCCUGCGAGAGAACGGGUUCAACCCCACCGUGCCCGAAGGAGGCUACUUCGUUGUGGCCGACUGGACUAAACUUGCAAAGAAGAUCGACCUCUCAACCGAGAAGGACAAGUACAAAGACUACCAGUUCACGAAGAAGUUCGCCAAAGAGGCGGGAGUGCUCGCGAUACCUCCCACCGCCUUCUACUCGGAGGCACACAAGCAUCUUGGAGAGAACUACGCUAGGUUCUGCUUCAUCAAGAAAGACGAAAACCUCGCGUUGACAGACAAGCUUAUGCGUGAAUGGAACGCCAAGAAGAAGUAAAAUUAAGUAUAACGUGUAAAUUGUGAUAUAAUUUGUAUAUUGUGAUUAAUUAUAAUA